GUGUAUUUUCUAACCUCAAUAUUUCAUAUUUGUAAAGGUUAAUUUCAAACUUCUUUUAAAUAUUUCAAAUGGAUAAUUACGAUAAUUACAUGAGGCCUCCUUGUGCCCAACAGUCUCAAAAUAAUGUACAAUACACGUCCUUUUCGAUGUCUCAAACGAACAACGUUAAUACCUACAAUAUGCAUUACGAGUACAACUAUUCCACCCAUAUCACCCGAAACCCAACGUAUUCGUUUUCAAACUGCUCCGCAGACCAACUCGAUUCGACGACUUGGAUACCGGAUCCUCGAGCCGUCGCCGACAUUGAAAGAGGCCUGCAUUUCUCAGAUAAAAUGGAAACGAUCGAAAUCACAAGCAAGGAUCUAAGUCCCGUUAGCUGCUGUAGUAAUAUUGAUUCGCUCAUACCUGACUUUUACAAGAAGCCCAACGACACACAAACCCAGUGGUCUUCAAACACUCAAAAAUUCGACUAUCCGUCCUGCUCGCAGAUUUUGGAUCAUGGGGGCAACUUUAUGGCUUUAGACGAACGCACGAAAUAUCCUCACAACUACCCAUUUAUUGAUGGAGAAGCUGACUACGGUUACGGAAACGAUUUAUUUAAUUUGGAUAUCAACCAAGAAGCCUUCUAUGGUGGGGCAUUUCUCGAUUUAAACAACCUAAAUCAACAGCAAGCCGAGGGAUCCAACGACGAAAGUGAUAUAAUUGUUGAAGAAUCUGAUGACGAAGUUACUGACUGUAGUGAAGAUAAUGAAAAAACGUACGGGUACUCGACCCAUUGCAUCAUAUGCAAUGCCUUGUAUACGCCUGUUGGGAGUCAAUUUUACAUUUUAAAUACAGAGACACCUCUAACGAUGUCGUCUCAACAGCCAGUGAUUAAUAAACUCCUACAGUUCGUUGGAAUGCUGUACUACAAACGAAACUAUCUGUGCUGUCACUGCCUGAAUCUAAUCAACACAAUUGAUAAUCUUCAACUAAAACUGGAGGCGAGUAAGUUGGAGUUGUGCAGUAAGUACGAGAAGACGUGUAAGGAUCACAAUCUGACCGCGACCAGUUCAGAAUCGCCGAAGACUGAGGAUUACAAGAAGAGGAAGAAAUUUAAGCACUUCUGCGGGUUGCACAGUUUCAAAUGUAAAUUCUGCAAGAAAAUAUUUUCGUUCAAAAAGCUCUACGCAUCGCACAUGUCGAGUCACAAACUCAGAAACCGCUUUCUAUGCGAAUCAUGCGGCUGCAGAUUCACUAGGUAUCUCAGCUUUAAGCUUCACUUACGGCUGCACGUGAAACCCAAGCCCAAAACUAUAUCCGCCUUCGACUGUAAAACGUGCAAAAAGCUCUUUCGUACCAAAACCAACUUGAAGGAGCACGAGAACUACUGCUCGGGUAACUUACCGUACGCCUGCUCACACGGGAAUUGCGACAAGAAAUUUGCAUCGAGCACCAAGCUCAAAAAUCACGUCAAACUCAAGCACGAGAAAAAGUUCGUCGCGAUCUGCUCCAUUUGCAACAUUGGCUUUGUCAAGAUUUCCGAUUAUAAAUCGCAUAAAAACACUCACACCACCGAGAAGAAAUAUCAGUGCACCAAGUGCGAGAAAAGCUACAAAACCGUCAGUAACUUAAAUUACCACAUGAAAUUUCACAACGAUAAACUGCCAUUCAUCUGCACCAUUUGCAAUAAGGGCUUCAUGCGAAAGGAGUAUUUGGAAUCGCACGUUAACAAUCACAACGGCGUCAAAAACUUCGCCUGUCAGUAUUGCGAUAAGAAGUUUGUGUCUCAGAAGAAUUUGGAUGCGCAUUUGAAGUAUCACGAGGGGGGUGUUAAGAAGAAAGCUUGCGAUAUUUGUAAUAAGGUCAUUACGACGGGGUAUGAGGAACAUUUGCGUACGCAUAAUAAUUUGAAGGAGUUCGAAUGUAACUUAUGUUUAAUGAAGUUUAAUACGAAAGGAACGUUGGCUAAGCAUAGAAAACGUAAACAUGCAAAUGAAGUGUAGCUAAUUUUAUGUAGAUACAAUGAAUAAAUGCUUA